AGACCCCGAGCGCCCCACGCAAGCACCCACCCACCCACCCACCCACCCGCCUCCCCGGAUUGCCGCUCCUCCCUCCUUCCUCGCUGGUUGGCCCAGGCGCUGCAGAGAUCGGCAGCAGGAGGAGCCGGGCGCGCCCGCCGCCACGCAAAACCGCCGCGCUCGCCGGCCGGCCGGGGUAGCUAGCAGGCACCGCGCGCGAUCCCAGGUGGCGGUGGCGGCCGCGGCGACAGCUGUCAACGUGCAUCCUCCUCCCGGAGCCGCCGCCGCAGCCCGAGCCAGCCGGCCGCCCCCGGGUCUCCCCGCCUCAACCCCCCGGCCCCGCGCGCACGCUCCACACCCCACGCGCACCACCAGGAGCAGUGGCCGCAGCGACCGCUGGGAGCCCGGGCGCCUGCCAUGGGGAAGCCGGCGAGGAGAGGAUGGGACUGCAAGCGCUUCCUGAAGACCAACUGGCUGCUGCUCUCCACCGUGGCCGCCGUGGUGCUAGGCAUCACUGUAGGAGUCUUAGUUCGAGAAUAUAGCAAGCUCUCAAAUCUGGAGAAAUUCUACUUUGCUUUCCCUGGAGAAAUUCUCAUGAGGAUGCUGAAACUCAUCAUUCUGCCAUUAAUUAUAUCCAGCAUGAUCACAGGUGUUGCUGCACUGGAUUCCAAUGUAUCUGGAAAAAUUGGUCUGCGUGCUGUGGUAUAUUACUUCUGCACAACUGUCAUUGCUGUAAUCUUAGGUAUUGUGUUGGUGGUGAGCAUCAAGCCUGGUGUCACCCAGAAGGUGACAGAGAUCAACAGGGUAGGAAGCACUCCUGAAGUAAGCACAGUGGAUGCGAUGUUAGACCUGAUCAGGAAUAUGUUUCCUGAGAACCUUGUCCAAGCCUGUUUUCAGCAGUACAAAACCAAGCGUGAAGAAGUGCAACCUCUCACUGAUCCUGUGAGGAAUGUUACAGAGAUGUCUGUCACCACCACUAGGACCACACUGGCCGAGAACAAAACAAAGGAAUACAAAAUUGUAGGCAUGUAUUCAGAUGGUAUCAAUGUCCUGGGCUUGAUUAUCUUUUGCCUUGUCUUUGGACUUGUCAUGGGAAAGAUGGGAGAAAAGGGACAAAUUCUGGUGGACUUCUUCAAUGCUUUGAGUGAUGCUACUAUGAAAAUUGUUCAGAUCAUCAUGUGUUACAUGCCAUUGGGUAUUUUGUUCCUAAUUGCUGGGAAGAUCAUAGAAGUUGAAGACUGGGAAAUAUUCCGAAAGCUGGGACUUUACAUGGCCACUGUCCUGAGUGGGCUUGCAAUCCACUCCAUUGUAGUUCUCCCACUGAUAUAUUUUAUAGUUGUACGGAAGAAUCCUUUCCGAUUUGCCAUGGGCAUGGCUCAGGCUCUCCUGACCGCUCUUAUGAUCUCUUCCAGUUCAGCCACACUGCCAGUCACUUUCCGCUGUGCUGAGGAAAAGAAUCAGGUGGACAAGAGGAUUACUAGAUUCGUGCUACCUGUUGGUGCCACAAUCAACAUGGAUGGGACUGCGCUCUACGAAGCAGUGGCCGCUGUGUUCAUUGCUCAGUUGAAUGACUUGGACUUGAGCAUUGGGCAGAUCAUCACUAUCAGCAUCACCGCCACAGCUGCUAGCAUUGGAGCUGCCGGAGUACCUCAGGCGGGCCUGGUGACCAUGGUGAUCGUGCUGAGUGCGGUGGGUCUGCCUGCAGAGGAUGUUACCCUAAUCAUCGCUGUCGACUGGCUCCUGGACCGGUUCAGGACCAUGGUCAAUGUCCUUGGUGAUGCAUUUGGGACUGGCAUUGUGGAAAAGCUCUCUAAGAAGGAGCUGGAACAGAUGGAUGUUUCCUCUGAAGUCAACAUUGUGAACCCUUUUGCCUUGGAAUCCACAGUACUGGACAGUGAAGACUCAGACACCAAGAAGUCAUAUGUCAAUGGAGGCUUUGCAGUGGACAAGUCAGACACCAUCUCGUUCACCCAGACAUCACAGUUCUAGAGCACCCCGCUUCAGAUGACUGGAGUGAUGAAGGACAGGUCCAUGAGAGUCAUCCCUUAGCAAGCUCAACAUUCAGGAAAAGAAAACUGCUGAUGGUCAAUUGUGUUUUUAACUUGAUAAACAGAAGUCCAGAUUAUUUUCUACCUUUGGCUUGACAGCCUCUGCUGGCUAGGUUUCAGAAUUAGGGAGUGUGGUAAGAUGAAACAUCAUCAAAUAAUGUAGAAGUUAUAUUAUCCGGGUUUUGAAAAUUCUAUAAAACCAAGUUUGAAAGUGUAUAAAGUACUAACUUGAAAUCAGUAAUUAAUGUCACAGAGAAAUUGCUUUCCCAUACACAGACCAGUUUGGGGAGAUAUAUAUAUAUGUAAUUUGUUACAAAUUUUUUACUCAAGCUUUCUAUUGGCAUAGAUUUCCUUUACCUCUCAUUUUUUAUGAAUUACAAUGCAUCUAAACAACCCCCCUUGUCAAUGUGCCAAAAUGACCAUUUUGAACUCAUCUCCAGCCAAUUUCAAAGAAAUUGUUUUGAAAACACAAAACAGCAGCAAAAAAAAAAAAAAAAAAAAAAGACCAGACCAGCACAGUUCUGCAAUAAUAAUUUCAAGACUCGCAUAGGGUUUAGGGAGGAAGAGAGAGGGGUUCUUUUGUCAAUGUACUGUAUUGGGACACUGUUCAUUGUUAACCCAGUGUUCAGUAUAGAACUAUGUAUGUAUGUAUGUAUUUAUUAUUUUCAUAUAGUUUUCAAGAGACAGAGAUCAGAGUUGAACUAUCAAUGUGAAGUGAGGAGCUUUCCUUGUACUUGAAUAAUAACUAUAAUCCCAGUUUAGGUCUGUUUCAGGGCUUACCAGUUCUUUCUCAGGAGCACUGGAAUGAGACAUUAUGCUGUACCAUCAUUUCACAUCUAUGGAUUUGGCCCUAAAACAGAGAUCUUUAUGGUGGUACUCCAGGGUAGCAUAGGUAUUCACUGACAACUUCCAGAUUCCAAUGGCCUGGAAGGAAUCUUAUACUGACUCUGCAUACAAUUUAUAUAGAAAGGUAUCGCUUCAAAAGACAGAUGUGCUUGGCUCCAACUGGAAGGCUUCAUUCUUCCAAAGCCAUUCAUACCCACUUACAGAGGCCAGAACUUUGCUUCCUGUGCACUCUUGGAUGUGUUAGGGCCUUGAAUAACAGUGACAUGCUACCAGCUAAACUGCAUUAUAAUUUCCACUCCAUAGCAUUCACACACGAUCUUGCAGUAAAGCUGUCCCUAGCCUGGAUUUGUGCAAAUUGAAUCUACAUCAUAAAGUAUUCAUAUCAAUGGUUCAGGAGAAAUUCCCUCCCAUCCCCCGGCACUGUCUCCUGCUCCAGAGAAGAUUGUUCUAACCAGUAAUCUUAGCCCUGCUCAUUAAAAUCUUCUGCUUCUCAUUCUCUUGCUAAUUUAUGAAUUUAUAGUUUAUUAAAAGUCUUCAGUUCUCAUCUUGUAAAUAAUGCUUAGCAUACACUUGUACUUACAUUGAGAUAGAUCCCAAAUAGUUGUAUUUCUGGAGUACUGCAUAGCCAGCUUCAACCCAUGCUUUAUAGUUAAGAACCAGAAAUUGUGCCAAAGAUAGCAGAAAAGUAAAUAAAUGGUUAGUUCUGACCACAUGCACCUGAAAUCUAUGAGAAAAUGAUACAGAAUUGGUAUGUAAACAUCAUAGCGACCAGUGAUUCAAUGUGAAAAUUUUAAUGCAAAUAUUGGUAUUGUUUUUAGGAAAUAAAACUAAACCUAAAUGA